AUGGUCUCCAAGGUCAUGGCGAACACCAAGAACGGCCUGGAAUCCACAGACGAGAGCUCUCCUUCAGUCAUUGAAGAAAAGAAAAAGAAACAUAAGAAAAAAGGCAAAGUGUCUGUGGUUGUUCCGGACCGUUCAACCAAUCCUUUCCAUUUGUCUGGGAACGUGGAUUUCUUCCUGCUCAGAGAUCAGGAGCGGGAUAAGUUUCACGCAGAGCGGCAGAAGAAGAAGAUGCUGCAGUUGCACCAGAAGAUGACCUACUCAUCCAAAGUGUUGGCCAAGCACACCAGCCUGCUGCAUGAGCUGCAGCUGCAGGACCGGGCUGAUGACGAGGACGCGCGUGCCCUGGCCGAGGCCCAGCAGAUGAGCGCCUUCCAGGAGGACCACACCGCCUGGAAGCUGGCCAUGACCAAAGAAAAGAAAGAGGGUUCUGACAGCAUCUACAAGUACAUCAACCAGAAGCGGCAAAUGUUCCUCCUCCAGUAUGCCCUGGAUAUGAAGCGGAGCGAGAUCCAGCGGUUGGAGAUGCUGGCAACAAAGGAGGAGGCAGAGCUGGAGCGGGCUGAGAAGUCCCUGGAGAAGGAUUCGACCCUGUUCGAUGAGUUCCUCAGGGAGAAUGACCGCAGCUCAGUGCAGGCCCUGAAAGAGGCAGAAAAGGAGACCAAAGUGAAGAUAGAGAAGAUCACUGAAAUCAGAGAUCUGACCACCCAGAUCAUGAAUAUCAAAAGCGAAAUCUCCAGAUUUGAAGACACUCUGCAACAUUACAAGGUCUGCAAGAAUUUCCUGUACAAGCUGUCGCCCAAGGACUGGCUGGAGGAACAAGAGAAGAAGCACUUGGCUCUCAGACAGGCCAAGGAGGCCGCCAAGGCCAAGGAGAACGCUCAGUUGUCACAAGGUGACAAAGGACCGGGGACCAAGGGCAAGAUAAGCUCCAAAGAAGUGCAAAGCCCAAGGAAGCCCUGGAAAGUGCUGAAGGUGAUCCAGGUAGGGCAGGUGCUGACCAGCUCCGGCCAUCAUGACCAUCAGCCUGGGUCGGACUCCAAAAAGUCCAGCUCUUCUACCUUACCCAAGGAAGAGGACCCAGACAGUGACGGGGAGGGGCUGGAGCUGUACUUCAAGGAGCCCCACCAGCUCCUGGAAGUCUUUACAAACCUGGAGGAGCAGAACCUCUCGCUGAUCCAGAACACACAGGAGAUGGAGGAGGCCCUGGAGGAGCUGAGCUUCACCCUGAAAAAUACCCAGAUCCGCAUGGAUAGGGAGGUCAACCAGCUGAAGCAGUGGAUCACCACACUGAUGAUGUCCAUCACCAAGGAGGAGGAGACAGCUGCUGAGCUGGAGCUCAAAGCCCGAGUCUUCCAUUUCGGCGAGUACAAGGGCGCACAGGAGGACAAGCUGCUGGAGAGCCUCAACCGCAAGGUGCAGGACGUGUACCGGCAAUGUGUGGGUCCCCAGCAGGAGUCCAGCCUGGGCACCGUGCAGAUGCUGACCGUCAUCGAACACCAGCUGGACGAGCUGCUUGAGAACCUGGAGCGUGUGCCCCAGAUCAAGAUCGAGCAGGCCGAGAAGGCCAAGGAGAAGGAGCGGCGCCAGAGACUCCGGGAAGAGAAAGCCAGGAUACAGAAGCAGCUGCAAGAGGAGCGUCUCCAACGGGCCCAAGCCCGGGCCCAGGCUGAGAUCAAGAAGAAGAGAGGCAGAAAGCUGGUGUCCCGCUCCGAGCCCCCGGCCCUGAAAACCAAGGAGGAGCCUGAGCAGGAGCUGCUGGACAAGGAGAAGGAGGAGCACCUGUUCUUCUUCACCUAG